AUGCAGCGAUACGGACUGCUCUUGCUCCUUGCCGCCGCCACCGCCACGGCAAUGGCUAAUAAAAUUGUAGAAAUCGACUGCGAGGUGCUUUCGGUGUGCGGCCAGGACUUGCAUUGUGUGGAACAGCUGGCUGAACGGCUACAACUUGACGACUGUCUGGUGGCCGCCGACAAGCGUGCCAUCUACAGCUUCAAACGCGGGCAGACGCGCAGCCUCAUCCGGAUACUCAAGCAGAUGCCGCGAUUA